AUGCAAGCAGUGGACGAGGUCUCGUCGAACCAUGCGCACGUAGCGCUGCCGCGUACUUGGAGCGCAGAGUUGAGCAGUUUGCUUCCAGUCAUCUUGGCGUACGUUGGAUCGGCCGCCGACGUCUAUCGCAGCUCCGUGUAUGUGUGCAAGGACUGGCACGCGGCCGCCGAGUCGAGUGCGUUUUGGACCAACGCCGCCGUGUCGCUUGCGAUGUGCAAUGAGAUCGUGCCCUUCGUCGCGGCGGCUGCGCCGUCCAAGCGCUUUGUCAUCGACCACCUCUUUGAGCAGCUCAAGGCGACGCAGUGGGAUAUCGAUCCGAAUCUGCUCGAAGAGCAUCGUGUCAACGAUGAAGACGCAUGGGCCGAGGGCCCCUGCGCGCACAACCUCAGUGGCACACACGCACCGCCUUCGAUUCAGCACUGCUACGCGUCAACGCACUAUUGGUGUAGCCUCGCACAGACCUUUGCCCGGCCACCGCCGUCGCUCCCGUUUGUGCAGCUUCAGCUCUGCACCGCCGCGCGCUUUGACCAAGCAGUGCGCUGGACGCUCGUGCUACGGAGCCUUCCGUCCGAAGAGGUCCUUUUCCAAGAGCUGUUUCGCCAAGCAGCGGGAAUCCACUGGCGCCAGACCAUGCGCAGCGUGAGCCUUGCAGCCAUGCCCACGGAUGACACCCACCUCCAGCUCGAAUGGCGAGGACGCGACACGAGCAAAAUACCGCGUGUAUCCUGUACCGAAUGCCACCUUUAG